AUUUUAUCAAUUAAGCAUGGACUCUUAUAUGGACAAUCAGCCCCACGUUUUGCAUGUCGAUUUUACCUGGUCCAACUUCAAAGCAAUAAUUACUGAAGAUGCUCAAACUAUUCCUCUAUAUACUGUGAGCUUCGGACUGCUCCACGCACCUCAUAUGACUUUUAAAUCUGCGGCAAAUGGUACAACUAUUGGAACUGGCACACUUCACGCAAUCGACAUAAGCCCUGACUACGAACUACACGGUGUUAAGGGCUCAAUAAAAGCGCAGAAACGGUUCAAAACCGUGUACACCUACCAAUCACACACAUACUCCGAGGAUGGCUCGCCGAUUACCAUGACAUGGACUAGCAACAGCGGGUUCAAAAUAUGGGACUUUGUUUGUGUCAAUGAGAAACAAAUUGCUGUGGCGAAGUUUUCGGCCAAUAUGUGGACACUGAAAAAAGUAGGACAAAUCGAGCUUCUUGGUCCCAAGGCGGAUGAUCCUGCAGCGCGCGAUGAAAUUGUUGUUGUUGGGAUCACAUUAUUCUACUGUAUGUGGCUGCGGGUGAACAAUGUGUUUAACCUGGCUGGAUCGCUUUUCUCUCGUCCGGGCCGCGAUAAGGACAAGACCUCGACGACCAACACAGGGAAGGCCACUUAAGAGGCCCCGCCAGCCCCUAUAAGGCCCCCGAAUAGCCCUGCGCAGAUAAGCGGCUUGGGUUCAGGAACACGUUUUGGCACCAGUUCGAGGCAGACGGCGCGGAGAAUUAGGGCGCAGGACCCUAAAAACCCCUCUAGUGCCCACUAAAAUGAGACCUUCAUAGCUUAAAGCUGGGAAAGGUCGUUAUACCUAAGUAAAUAAAGUAAUGCGUUGAUUCCUCGAUAUCAUGAAGCAAUUCGGAAUGCGAUAUAUAUAUAUAUACAUAUAUUUUUUAGCUGUGUGGUUUUCGGUUUUUGGGGGGAGGGGGAUCCUAGUUAUCGACGCAAGCAUCAAUUGAUAAUAAAUAGCGUAGAGGGG